AUGGCACCCAUGCGACGCCCUCCGCUUUGCAGGACGAACAUGGCAGCUCUCACGGUGCUGCUUAUGCCGUGUCUCACAGAGGUUCGCCAAAUUAUGCUGCCCGUGCAAAACAUGAGAAGUUGGGUGCGUCAGACGACAUGUCGUCGCGGCUUGGCAGGAAAGAGCACCCGAAACAAGAAAGAACAGGCCGUUUUCGCUGUUGUCCUACGGGGGUUGUGCUGA